UUCCGGUGGAGACGUGGCUCUGUGCUGCUGCCAUAUUGACGCUAGCUAGCUAACAACCACACAACGAGAAGUCAGCUGCACAAUCGCUCCUUGUUAUUCCAGAGUGAUACGAAAUCCCCUCAAAGCGAGACACGCGAGAGACCGAAGACCGUCCUACCAUAGCGAGGGACCAAAAUGGUGCUGUUGGCAGCGGCGGUGUGCACCAAGGCCGGGAAGGCCAUUGUAUCGCGGCAGUUUGUGGAAAUGACCCGGACUCGUGUAGAGGGUCUCCUGGCUGCAUUCCCCAAACUGAUGAACACAGGCAAACAGCACACCUUUGUGGAAACAGACAGUGUUCGCUAUGUGUAUCAGCCUCUUGAGAAACUCUACAUGGUCCUCAUCACCACCAAGAACAGCAACAUCCUUGAGGACCUGGAGACGCUCAGACUCUUCUCCCGCGUGAUCCCAGAAUACUGUCGUGUGCUGGAGGAGAGUGAAAUAUCAGAGCACUGUUUUGACCUGAUCUUUGCCUUCGAUGAGAUUGUGGCAUUAGGCUACAGAGAGAACGUCAACCUGGCUCAGAUCCGCACCUUCACAGAGAUGGACUCCCACGAGGAGAAGGUGUUCCGUGCUGUCAGAGAGACCCAAGAAAGAGAGGCCAAGGCAGAGAUGAGGAGGAAGGCCAAGGAGCUGCAACAGGCUAGACGAGACGCUGAGCGCUCCGGAAAGAAGGUGCCUGCUUUUGGCGGCUUCGGCAGCGCUGGCAUGACCAGUAUCUCCUCAGGGUCCAUCAUCACAGACACCAUCGUCGAGCCGGAGAAACCCAAGAUCACACCCAGUACAGCCAGAUCAAGUGGACCCAGUAAGGCUCUGAAACUGGGCGCUAAAGGAAAAGAGGUGGACAACUUUGUUGACAAGCUGAAGUCUGAGGGUGAAACCAUCAUGUCCAACACAGGAAAGAGAGGCUCAGAUGUAUCCAAGGUUCUUCCUCCGCCAGUCAAUGUGGAGAGUGUACAUCUGCGUGUGGAGGAGAAGAUCUCGCUGACUUGUGGUCGUGACGGUGGCCUACAGAACAUGGAGUUGCUGGGCAUGGUGACACUCCGAGUCAUGGACGACAAGAAUGGACGCAUUCGCCUCAUUCUCAAUAAUAAUGACAACAAAGGGUUGCAGCUGCAAACACAUCCCAAUGUGGACAAGAAGUUGUUUACAGCGGAGUCCGUGAUUGGCCUGAAAAAUCCAGAGAAGUCCUUCCCUCUCAACAACGAUGUUGGCGUGCUUAAGUGGAGACUACAGACCACAGACGAGGCCCUCAUACCUCUAACCAUAAACUGCUGGCCUUCAGAGAGUGCUACUGGCUGUGAUGUCAACAUUGAGUAUGAGCUGCAGGAGGAUAGUCUUGAGCUCAAUGACGUGGUCAUCAGCAUCCCUGUACCGUCUGGGGUGGGAGCUCCAGUUAUUGGUGAUUUGGACGGCGAGUACAAACAUGACAGCAGGCGAAACAUCCUUGAGUGGUGCUUACCUGUCAUUGAUUCCAACAACAAGACCGGUAGCCUGGAGUUUAGCAUCGCCGGUCAGCCCAAUGACUUCUUUCCUGUCAACGUGUCCUUUGUGUCCAAGCGCAACUACUGUGACAUCCAGGUUACCAAAGUGACUCAAGUGGAUGGCGACAUCUCCACUAAAUUUUCUUCAGAAACCUCCUUCGUUGUCGACAAAUACGAAAUCCUGUAAAAUAUUCAGAAAACGACAAAAUCUAAAAAAAAAAAAAUCACCAACAAAAAAGUUCUAUGCUACAGAGAAAGAUUGAAGAUUUCUUGCCUGCCCACCCUGUAUACUAUUUCAAAGACUGUGUACAUCGACAGGACGACAUCAGGCCUCCGGUCGAGGCCUCUUCCUGUGGUGGAGCAGAGCAGCGUGGUGUAUUUAUAUGUUUGUAUGAGAGAGGAUCAUCUAUAUAUAGAGUUAAUUGAACAGGUAAAACCAUCAAGCCCACACAAAAAAAAGAAAACUACACUGAUGCUGUUGUGUUGGCCAACCAGAGCAGUAAAGACAACUUUAGACAAGUAGAGGAUGACUGGGGGAACAGCAGUGGCCAUCCUGCAUCAGUCUGCCAUGUGGUAGAGAGAGAGAGAGAGAGGGAGAGACCACGGACCUGAGGCCACUGUAUCAGUCUCCAACAGAAAGAGCUGGUAGUGAUCAUCCUCCACAAACUCUCCUUCUCACUCACAUUGCAAUGGUUCAUCAAAUCUUAAAUGGGGUUCUUGCUUUCUGUUAUCCAUAGUAACUGCAGCAUUGUAGCUGUCUCAAUCAUUAUAAGCCUGUUGCUCUUUAAUUUGUUAAACUAUUGUGAUUUGCUCUAAUGAUCUGACUUCCAAUUUCUUUGUUUUUCUUUCUUGUGAGAAGUUUGAUUUUUCAGUUUUUGUAGGGAGGUAACACAUUGGUUCUUCGCUGAAAAGCUAAAUAUGGCUUAGUGCUAAACAUCCUUUAUGUACUCUCUGUGGUUAUCAUCAGCAAAAUUGUCCUUUUAUUUCUAACUUUGAUAUUUUUUACUGUUUGCUGUAUAAUUUGUCAAUGUUUAUCAUUAAUUUGGAUAUUGAAAUUUGACAGUGAAGAGCAGGACUUUGUAAGGGAGCCUCAGCUGCAGGGCAAAGAGAAUUACCAGUAAAUAUAUUGGACUUUCGCAUCAAUUGAAUGUUCUGACUUUUUUGUAACAUGAGUGCAACCACUUCUCACUUUGUCAGAAGGAAACGUGGCCAUGUUUCAUUCUGCUCCAUUUAAGUCCACUAGUCAGCCCUUAGAUACGUCAGAAUGAAAAGUUCUUUGAACACAGCCCAGAAACAACACACAAGCAACUAAUCUUACAUCUGACACCCGACGCAAGGCGUUGUUGAUCUGGAGUGGGUCUGAGUUGUUUUGAUGGUAGAAAUCCGGGCACAGCAGGAGAGCAGGGAUCAGACUGUCAGCCUGAUAUUCAGCCCCACAGGUUCGAGGUAAGCAGAGAGACUACUGGAGCACUCGCAGUGAAGUCUGCUGCCGACAACCUCUGACCAUCCACCCAGUCAUCCUUUACUUACAUUCUCACUGUACAUCAAUACUAUUCAAAACAAUGCUUUUCAUCUUGGUUUCUUUUCCUUUUCUUUGUCAUUUGUACUCCCCAAAUUACAAUUUGACAGUGGAUGUGGGGUUGAAAAUGGCUAUUUUGAGCAUUUUUAACUAUAGUUCUGAAGGGGAAUCUUAACAUUCCAGUGUACAAUUAGAAAAAAGAAUCUUUAAUGGAAUAAAAUGUAUUAUUGAAAAUGUAA